CGCGAUGAUCUCCGACAGCCGCACGUGUGAGCUGGGCAACGAGGGCGCCUCCAACCUGACGGAAAGCCUUGACGCUGGCGAGGAUGACGAGAGCUCCGGGAGAAUGACCGUGUCGCAGCUGGGGGAGUUAGUGCCUGAGAUCGCCUGGGGCCGCAUGUUAAGACACACUUUGGAUGAGUUUGACAUUGACCUUGACGUCGAUUCCCUGAUCAUCACUCUCCACUGCAGCGCCUACGUGCCAGACCUUGUCAAGCUGGUCAAGGAGACGCCGGACAGGGUGAUAGUCAACUACUUACUAUGGAGGUUCGUGCUGCGGUAUAUGCCCUACAUAAGUAACUAUUUCCAGCAACUAUGGCAACAAUUCAGGAGCGAGGUUCCGGACCCGUUCGAAGAGAGAACUUAUAUUAGUAGAUGGAAGGAGUGCGCGGCCGUUGUCAAUGAAGGUUUUGGGGCGGCGCUGGCGAGGAAAUAUGUGGAGGAUUAUUAUGACCACUCAAUCUCCGGGAAGAUCGACAGCCUGGUGGAGGAGGUUCGAACUGCCUUCCACGUGGUCAUAGAUCGACAGGAUUGGCUGGAACAAGAAAUGAAACAAGUGUGCAGCGACAAGCUGGACAUCAUGGGCAAAAAAAUUGGUUAUCCUGAAUAUAUCGAAUCUACAGAAUUGCUGGAUGAAGAAUUUGAAGGGCUGGAAAUUCUAGAGGACCACUUCCUGAAUAAUAUCUUACGCAUGAAGAAACAUGAGGUUUGGAAGGAACUCAAGAAGCUGUCCAGACCCGUUGACAAAAAAAGGGACUGGCUCAUACAACCCCUGGUGGUGAACGCCUUCCACAACCCCGCCGCCAAUGAGAUAAUUCUGCCACUUGGAAUUCUACGAGAACCAUUCUACAACCCAGGCUAUCCCAUGUAUCUUAACUAUGGAAGUCUCGGCGUUGUGAUUGGCCAUGAGCUCGUCCACGGCUUCGAUAACCACGGGAAGCGUUAUGACAAGCACGGUAACGUCUCUCAGUGGUGGAGCGAAGAGAUGGCCGAACAGUUUACCGAAAGAGCGGCUUGCUUCGUUGAGCAGUAUAGCCAAUUCCCGAUCGAAAUGGUGGGGAAGAACGUCGACGGGAACGAGACUUUGGGUGACAACAUCUGUGACAACGCCGGGGUGCUGAACGCGUGGCUGGCCUAUACGAGGUGGCGAGAGAGACAUGGGACUGAGCCUCACCUCCCGGGCAUGAACUAUACCAUACCUCAGAUAUUCUUUAUUACUUUCGCCCAGAUCUGGUGUGAAGUCGUGAGCAAGGAAGGGUAUGAGAAGUACAGUAAAGACAUGCAUAGCCCAGGCGUUUACAGAGCGAACGUCGUGGCUCAGAAUUCGCAUUUCUUCGCCGACACGUGGGGAUGUCCAGCGGGGUCCCCCAUGAACCCUGAGAAGAAGUGUCAUUUAUGGGUUUGAACUGCGUGCGUGCGUGUGUGUGUGUGUGUGUGUGUGUGUGUGUGUGUGUGUGUGUGUGUUUGGUAGUGUUAGUAGUAGGUGUUGUAGUAGUGGGUGUAGUGGGUGUGGGGGGGGAGGGUAAGUGGGUGUGUAAGUGUGUGUGUGGGUGGAAGUGGGGGUCUGUGUGUGUGUGUGUGUGUGUGUGUGUGUGUGUGUGUGUGUGUGUGUGUGUGUGUGUGUGUGUUUUGUUCUGUUUCGCUUUUUUAUUUUUAUUAUUUUCUAAACUUCUUCCGCUUUCCAUAAUAAUAAUAAUAAUAAUAAUAAUAAUAAUAAUAAUAAUAAUAAUAAUAAUAAUGAGAAGAAGAAGAAGAAAUAGCACAAUACCAGUUGCCAAAAACACAAUAAUAAUAAUAACAAUAAUAAUAAUAAUAAUAAUAAUAAUAAUAAUAAUAAUAAUAAUAAUAAUAAUAGGUUCAAAGGACAAUGUAUCGGAGGUGAGCACCGGAGUUCAGUGUUUUCUAAUAAUAAUAAAAGACUCAGAUGAAAUACAUAAACUUACAUUCUAAAAUUUAAUACAGCGCGCCAGUUCCAGGUGUUGGCUACGGAAGGUCUGUUUACGGUCACUGCAAUAGAGGAAAAGAACUACUCUGCUUCAUAAUUACAUGUACAAAUAAAUCAUCGCCUCCGUUCUAGCAAAAAACACUAAUUAUAUCAUUACUAUACAGGCGUCACAAAGGAAGGGGCAGUUUUUUUUAUAAUAAUUUCAGUUUUUAUAUUUUAAGGAUGGUCUCAGAUUUUUUACCUCACGCAAUGGCAGACUCGCUGUCGCUGGUGCAGACGCAAGGAUGCCUUUAAUCCUCUUCCUUGUCCUCUUGUUCCUCUCCUAAGCCUCUUAAUCCUCCAGUCAACCUUUUACUUAUUCAAAAUGCGUGGAUACGAUACCACGCCGCGACGCACGGAGGAAGGUACAGGCGCACUAAUAUAGAUACCAGGAUUUUUUUCACGUUUUUCUUCAUUAACCGCAUCGUCAUGUUUACUGUACCUUUACAACGAGUCCCUUGAAGGAGCGGAACACGACACGCAGACACCUGUCGCUGCAUGGAACACGGCUACGACAGCACGUCUGCGGGCGGCGGCGUGCAGUGUGUGUGGCCACGCGACGCGUGUUGGCAGGUGUUGACCCGCCGUGACGAGCAGGCUUGGCGGCGCCCCGGCGUGCGAACAUCAGAGCCCUGGGGGCGGCUCACGCCCCCGCCCCGUAUCGGGGCUGUUGGCGUCUCGGCGGGGCCGGGCGCGGCGCGGGGGGCGGCGAGUAGCGGCCUCACGCACGCUGAUGGCGUGUGCCACCACCGGGGUGCGGGGGGCGGACACCCCCACAUUGGGCAGAAAUGUUCGUAAAUUUAGGCCUACCCCGAGGGAGGUUGAGGGGGUGACGCCCCCCGCGGUAAACACAGUGUUUGUAUUUCAGCGGCGGCGGGGGUCACGUCAGCCCUCCCCCCCCCAACGUAGCCCGCCCCCUUGUAGCCCCCCUACACACACACUCCAAGGUCAAGAAACAAACACAUCAGACAUAAUAAUCUACACACACUCCUGCGCGUUGCCUCGGCGCUCACCUCCGCAACACUAAAAACAAAACAAAAACAAAAACACCUGAUCACAACACAAAUACCAACACAGCGCCACGCCACUUACCUUUCCGGUGACCGUGACCUCCAAACGCUCCUCCUGUGACCUCUGAUAACCUUAUAUCCAGUAAUUGACCUCCAUUAGUGAAGGUACACUGACGAGCACUGGAGCAACGCGCCGCACGCCCUCUCGCGUCACUGUCUCAAGAGCUACUGACAUUGUUUACUGUGACGUCACGGGCACUCACCUCUGCUCCGUUAAAAUCUCUGACCUCUUCUCUUAUUUUUGCAGUUUUUUACCUUUUCCGCUUGAUUUUGACCUCUCUAGGGAUUAGCAUGUGUAGUUUAAUCCUUCUUCUGUAUUUCUGGUAUGCGUAUGAUGUGAAUAAAGGCGUGUAUUAGAAGAAAUAUGGGUUUAAAUAAGGGUAUCUGUGUGGGGAGGAGAAUUGAGCAGACGAAACUGCAGACUAACAGAAUUUGAACACCUUAACAUUUUUCAUUGUUGACCUACUUUGCCAUUGAUUUUGACCUCCCUAGAGAUUCAAAUGUAUAGUUUAAUCCUUCUUCUGUAUUUCUGGUAUGCGUAUGAUGUGUAGAAAGGCGUAUAUAUGGAGAAAUAUGGGUUUAAGAAAGGCAGUGCGUGUGGGGAAGAGAACUGAUGAGACGAAAUGGCAGACUGACAGAAUUUGAACACCUUUUUAUUAUUCAUUUUUGACCUACUUUGCCAUUGAUUUUGACCUUUCUAGGGAUUAGUAUGUAUAGUUUAAUCCUUCUUCUGUAUUUCUGGUAUGCGUAUGAUGUGUAGAAAGGCGUAUAUAUAGAGAAAUAUGGGUUUAAGAAAGGCUAUGUCUGUGGGGAGGAGAACUGAUGAGACGGAAUGGCAGACUGACAGAAUUUGAACACCUUUUUAUUAUUAAUUUUUGACCUACUUUGCCAUUGAUUUUGACCUUUCUAGGGAUUAGUAUGUAUAGUUUAAUCCUUCUUCUGUAUUUCUGGUAUGCGUAUGGGGUAUAUAAAGGCGUAUAUAAAGAGAAAUAUGGGUUUAAGAAAGGCAAUGUCUGUAAGGCCCCAAUGAUUGAGUGAUUUAUAUGUCUGAAGAAUGGGCUAGGCUAAGUGUGUGUGUGUGUGUGUGUGUGUGUGUGUGUGUGUGU